AUGAACCUUGAAACUGAGUUUCUUCAAAAACCCAUUUUUCUUCACGGGUUAUCUAUUAUACUUCAUAUACUAUUGCUUUUAGCGAUUUUAGUUUCAUGGGUUUGGAAAAAAAUCAAAACUUGUGCUGUAAUCAAUGAGUGCAAUGAGACACCAAAUAGCACUAGCAAUUGGUUUAAUGUCACAAAGUUUUGUUGUAUUGCUUUUUCUUCUUUCAAUUUUGUUUUGUUUCUUUUUGAUUACUGGUAUACAAGUGUUUGGUCAGAAGAAAAUGUUGUUACCCUUUUUGAUUUAGUUCUCAAAACAGUUACUUGGUGUGUGGUUUGUGUUUGUAUCCACAAAGGGUUCUUCUUUUUGUUCAGUUCAGAUCAAAGAAAAAGAAGGUUUCCAUUGUUUUUUAGAGUUUGGUGUGUUUUUUAUCUCUUUGUUUCUUGUUAUUGGUUUGUGACUGACAUUGUUGUUUUGUAUGAAAAUCAUAUUGAGUUAAGGGUUCAAUGUAUGGUUUCUGUUGUGGUUUCAUUUUGUGUUAGUUUGUUGUUUUUUUAUGUGGGGUAUUGUGUGAAAAAUGAAGGUGAUAGAACUCUUCAAGAGCCUCUUUUGAAUGGUAAUUAUGGUAAUGCUUUAGAGUUAAGAGAGACUAAAGGGAGUGAUACUGUUACUCCUUAUUCAAAUGCUGGAAUUUUGAGCCUUCUUACCUUAUCUUGGGUGGGUCCACUUAUAGCAUUUGGAAAUAAGAAGACCCUAGACCUCGAGGAUCUUCCUCAGCUAGAUAGUCGAGAUAGUGCUGCGGGAGCUUUUCCAAUUUUCAGAGACAAAGUUGAAGCUGAUUGUGGUGCAAUCAAUAGAGUAACCACACUUAAGUUGGUUAAGUUAUUGAUAAUUUUAGGGUGGAAAGAGAUUCUUAUCACUGGUUUUCUUGCACUGAUAAACACUUGUGCUUCUUAUGUUGGUCCUUAUCUUAUUGAUUCUUUUGUUCAAUACCUUGGUGGAAAAAGGCUAUAUGAGAAUCAAGGCUAUGUCUUGGUUUCUGCUUUUAUAUUUUCACAGCUUGUGAAAUGCUUAUCACAAAAGCAUUGGUACUUUAAGUUGAAGCAACACGGAGUUCGAAUCCGAGCACUGCUUGUGACUAUGAUAUAUGAAAAAACCUUAACACUUUCUUGUCAAUCAAGGCAGUGUCACACUUCUGGAGAAAUUACCAAUUUCAUUACUGUUGAUGUCGAAAGAGUUGGUUUUUUCACUUGGUACAUGCAUGAUGGGUGGAUAGUAGUUUUGGAAGUUACGUUGGCAUUGUUGAUUUUGUAUAAAAACGUUGGACUUGCUUCCAUUGCUUCUCUUGUUACAACCAUAAUUGUUAUGUUGGCAAAUGUUCCGUUGGGAUCAUUGCAAGGGAAGUUUCAAAAGAAGUUGAUGGAUUCAAAGGAUACUAGAAUGAAGAGCACGUCUGAAACUUUAAGGAACAUGAGGAUCCUCAAACUACAAGGAUGGGAAAUGAAGUUUCUAUCUAAAAUAAUUGAGCUCAGGGAUGCGGAACAAGGCUGGUUGAAAAAAUCUCUUUAUACUUCAGCUAUGACUCAAUUUUUCUAUUAUGGUGCAUCUACAGUUAUAUCUGUGGUUACUUUUGGUACUUGUAUGCUCAUAGGGAUCCCACUUGAAUCAGGGAAGAUUCUGUCAUCAAUAGCAACAUUCAGGAUUCUUCAAGGGCCUAUUUAUAGUCUUCCUGAUUUAAUUUCAAUGACAGCAAAAACUAAAGUUUCUCUUGAUAGGAUCGCGUCGUUCCUUCAUCUUGAUGACUUGCAGUCUGAUGUUGUCGAAAAGCUUCCUCCGGGUAGUUCUGAUACUUCAAUUGAAGUGGUUGAUGGGAAUUUUUCUUGGGAUUUAUCCUCACCUAAUCCAACUUUGCAGAACAUAAACCUCAAAGUUUUUCAUGGCAUGAAGGUUGCUGUUUGUGGUACAGUUGGAUCGGGCAAGUCUACUUUACUUUCAUGUGUAUUGGGAGAACUACCAAAGAUAUCAGGUAUCCUUAAAGUUUGUGGAACAAAGGCCUAUGUUGCUCAAUCACCAUGGAUUCAAAGUGGGAAGAUAGAAGAUAAUAUAUUGUUUGGUGAACACAUGGUUAGGGAAAGGUAUGAGAAGGUACUUGAAGCAUGUUCCCUGAAGAAGGAUCUGGAAAUCUUGCCAUUUGGUGAUCAGACGGUUAUAGGCGAGCGUGGAACUAAUUUGAGUGGUGGACAGAAACAAAGAAUACAAAUUGCUCGUGCUCUUUAUCGAGAUGCUGAUAUAUAUCUAUUUGAUGAUCCUUUUAGUGCUGUGGAUGCUCAUACAGGAUCUCAUCUUUUUAAGGAAUGUUUGCUGGGUGUUUUAAGUUCAAAAACAGUGAUUUAUGUUACUCAUCAAGUGGAGUUUUUACCUACUGCUGAUCUUAUUUUGGUCAUGAAAGAUGGAAAAAUUACUCAAAGCGGAAAGUAUGACGAGCUUCUUAAUAUUGGAACCGAUUUUAUGGAACUUGUUGGGGCACACAGAGAAGCUUUGUCUACACUUGAAUCAUUGGAUGGAGGAAAAACCUCAAAUGAAAUUAGUACAUUAGAAGAAGAUGUAAAUAUCUCUGGCACUCAUGAAGAGGCAAACAAAGAAGUGCAAAAUGGUAAUGCAAAUGAUAAAGGCGAACCGAAAGGCCAAAUUGUUCAAGAAGAAGAAAGGGAGAAAGGUAAAGUUGGGUUUUCAGUCUAUUGGAAGUAUAUCACAACUGCAUAUGGAGGAGCUUUCGUACUGUUCAUAUUAUUGGCUCAGAUUCUUUUUCAAGUUCUUCAAAUUGGAAGCAACUAUUGGAUGGUGUGGGAAACUCCCAUCUCAGCAGAUGUGAAGCCACCUGUUGAAGAAACAACUCUUAUUGAAGUCUAUGUCGUUUUGGCCAUUGGAAGUUCUUUAUGCAUUCUUGUUAUAGAAUUGUUACUUGUUACAGUUGGUUAUAAGACAGCUACUAUACUCUUCAAUAAAAUGCACUUGUGCAUCUUUCGCGCCCCCAUGUCAUUUUUCGAUUCUACUCCAAGUGGACGAAUCCUUAAUAGAGCUUCUACUGACCAAAGUGCAGUGGAUGCCGACAUUCCUUAUAAAAUUGGCGCAUUUGCCUUUAAUGUGAUCAUGCUUCUGGGAAUUAUAGCAGUGAUGUCUCAUGUUGCAUGGCAAGUUUUCAUUGUCUUUGUACCUGUGAUAGCAGUCAGCAUUUGGUAUCAGCGAUAUUAUUUACCAUCAGGCCGUGAACUGUCACGUUUAGUUGGAGUAUCCAGAGCCCCAAUCAUUCAACACUUUGCGGAAACAAUUUCCGGUACUUCAACCAUUAGAAGCUUUGAUCAACAGUCAAGAUUUCUUGAAACAAAUAUGAAACUGGUUGAUGGGUAUUCUCGACCAAAGUUCAACAUGGCUGUUGCUAUCGAAUGGUUAGGUCUCCGCUUAGAUAUAUUGUCUUCCAUCACAUUUGCCUUUUCCUUGAUAUUCUUGAUAUCAAUCCCACCUGGAAUCAUAAAUCCAGGCAUUGCUGGUCUAGCUGUUACCUAUGGUCUAAGUAUAAACGCGAUAACAUAUACGGUGAUAUGGAGUCUUUGCAACUUGGAGAACAACAUUAUAUCGGUAGAAAGGAUACUUCAACAUACAACCAUUCCUAGUGAGCCUCCCCUUGUUUCAGAAGAAGAAAAUAGGCCAGAUCCUUCUUGGCCCGCAUAUGGCAAGGUUGAUAUACGGAACUUGCAGGUUCGAUAUGCUCCACAUCUUCCACUCGUGUUGCAUGGCCUGACAUGCACAUUUCAUGGAGGAUUGAAAACUGGCAUUGUUGGUAGAACAGGUAGUGGCAAAUCAACUCUUAUGCAAACACUUUUCCGACUCAUUGAACCUACUGCUGGGGAAGUUAUCAUUGACCGCAUCAACAUCUCUACAAUCGGACUGCAUGACUUGAGGUCUCGACUAAGCAUUAUUCCGCAAGAUCCAACAAUGUUUGAGGGGACAGUGAGAAGUAAUCUGGACCCCCUUGAAGAGUACACUGAUGAACAAAUUUGGGAGGCCUUGGAUAAGUGUCAACUAGGAGAUGAAGUUAGAAAGAAAGAAGGAAGGCUCGACUCUUCAGUCAGUGAAAAUGGUGAGAAUUGGAGCAUGGGUCAGAGGCAGUUGGUUUGCCUAGGUAGGGUUCUGCUUAAGAAGAGCAAGAUUUUGGUGCUUGACGAAGCCACUGCAUCAGUUGAUACAGCUACAGAUAAUUUGAUUCAACAAACUCUUAGGCAGCAUUUCACGGACUCUACCGUCAUUACCAUUGCACAUCGAAUAACUUCUGUUCUUGACAGUGAUAUGGUUCUACUUCUUAGUCAAGGACUUAUUGAGGAGUAUGACUCCCCAACCACAUUGCUUGAGGAUAAGUCAUCAUCUUUUGGUAAGCUUGUUGCAGAGUAUACCAUGAGGUCCAACUCAAAAUUUUGA